AUGUCAACAAAUACUGAAUUUUCUGCUUGUUUUGUCACUGUUCCAAACGAAGAUGUUGGCAAGAAACUGGCAUACUCUAUUGUUGAAGGAAAGUUAGCCGCCUGUGUGAAUAUUUUGCCGCAAGUAAAGUCCAUCUAUGUUUGGGAAUCAAAGAUUCAAGAAGAUUCGGAAUUAAUUCUAAUGAUCAAAACACAACAUUCAAAAGUACCAGCACUAAUUGAACAUGUAAAACAAAAUCAUCCUUAUUCGGUACCAGAAGUCAUUGAAUUACCCAUCCUACAAGGAAAUCCUGCAUAUCUCAAAUGGAUUACAGAUUCAGUUGAAAAAUAG